CUGGGAGUUGUAGUCUCCGGCGGUGGGCGCCGUCGGUAGGGAGACGUAGCUUUCAGAGCGGUCCACUCCAGCAGUUGGUUCCCGGCCGCGGCCGAAGGGGAUGGACCCUUCCUGGCGCCAGGUGGCCGCUGGCCGAGGCCGAGCCCGGGGACGGGCCGCCACAGUCCCCUCCUCAGGAAAUGGAGUCCCCCUCGGCGGCGCAGGAGGAGGGCGAGUCAAAGGGUCUGGGGGCGCCGUGCCCUCCGGCCCCGGCCCCGACGGAACGGCCAUCCCGGCGGCUGCGGGUCGCAGGCAGCGCUCAGCGGGAGGCGAAGCCCGGCCGACCCUGGGGGCCAGCGAGCUAAUGUCUCAGAGGAAAUUUGAGGAAAUCAAGAAGGCCAAUCAAGCUGCAGCCAGAAAGCUCGUGGAGGAUCGAGGGAGCUCUUCCUCAGAAGAAGAAGGGGGUGAAGACCUUGAGGGAAAACGGGGCGAAAUCGUUGCUAAAACAUUCAUAACAUACACUACUCACACAGAUGGAGAUUUACAUGAACUAGAGCGAACAAAACAGUAUCUGAAUGAAGCUUUUCAAGCAGGAGCUAUGACAUGCCUAAUUUGUAUUGCUUCAGUCAAGAGAAACCAAGCAGUUUGGAGCUGUUCAGGAUGUUUCUGUAUAUUCCAUAUGCCCUGUAUUCAGAAGUGGGCUAAAGACAGCCAGUUUCUUGUAUCUUCUGUGACAGAUGAUGAUUUUGGAAAGAAAGAUUAUCCUUGGCCAUGUCCAAAAUGUAGAUUUGAAUACAAAAGAUCAGAAACACCUAGUAGAUAUUAUUGCUACUGUGGAAAAGUAGAAGAUCCACCUUUAGAUCCAUGGCUUGUACCUCAUUCGUGUGGCCAAGUAUGUGAGAGAGAAUUUAAACCUCCUUGUGGCCAUAAAUGUUUACUGCUGUGCCAUCCAGGUCCCUGCCCUCCUUGUCCAAAGAUGGUCACAACUACUUGCUACUGUGGGAAAGCAAAACCUCUCCCUCGUCGGUGCAGUGCCAAGCAGUGGUCCUGUCAGCUGCCAUGCGGGCGGAAACUGCUCUGUGGGCAUCAUAAGUGUGAAAAUCCUUGUCAUGCAGGAAACUGUCAGCCUUGUCCAAGAGUUAGUAGACAGAAAUGUGUGUGUGGCAAAAAAGUAGCAGAAAGAAGCUGUGCGAGUCCAGUGUGGCACUGUGAUCAAGUAUGUGGAAAGACACUGCCAUGUGGUAAUCAUACAUGUGAGCAAGUUUGUCAUGUUGGUGCUUGUGGAGCGUGUCCUCGCUCUGGGAAGAGGUCCUGUCCAUGUCAGAAAUCAAAGUUUUCAUUGCCUUGUACUGAAGAUGUACCGACUUGUGGAGACAGCUGUGACAAAGUACUUGAGUGUGGAAUCCAUAGGUGUUCACAGCGUUGCCACCGAGGUCCUUGUGAAACAUGCAGACAAGAAGUGGAAAAGCAAUGUCGCUGUGGAAAGCAUACAAAGCGAAUGCCAUGUCAUAAAACCUACCUUUGUGAAACUAAAUGUGUUAAAAUGCGGGACUGUCAAAAGCAUCAAUGUAGGAGAAAGUGUUGCCCUGGAAACUGUCCACCUUGUGAUCAAAAUUGUGGACGGACUUUAGGAUGUAGAAACCAUAAAUGUCCGUCUGUCUGCCACAGAGGCAGUUGCUAUCCAUGCCCAGAAACUGUAGAUGUGAAGUGUAACUGUGGUAGCGCAAAGCUGACAGUACCCUGUGGCCGAGAGCGGACCACAAAGCCACCCAAGUGCAAAGAGCUGUGCAGUCAACCACCAACAUGUCAUCACACAAGUCAAGAAAAGCACCGCUGUCACUUUGGCCCAUGUCCACCAUGUCAUCAACCUUGCCAAAAGGUUUUGGAGAAAUGUGGGCACUUGUGUCCUGCUUCAUGUCAUGAUCAAGCAUUAGUAAAGCAGACUGGCAGGCAUCAGCCUACAGGCCCUUGGGAACAGCCAGCUGAGCCAACAUUUAUUCAGACUGCAUUACCUUGUCCUCCGUGUCAAGUUCCUAUUCCUGUAGAAUGUCUGGGGAAGCAUGAGGUGAGCCCACUACCAUGCCAUGCUGUAGGACACUACUCUUGCAAGAGACUUUGUGGAAGAAUAUUGUACUGUCAGAAUCAUACAUGUAUGAAAGAAUGCCACAAAGUGACUGAAGUUGAUGGCUGUACUGGCAAAAAUAAGGCUGGCCCAGAAUGCCUUCAGUGUGAAGAAGGGUGCUCUAAGUCACGGCCUGUGGGUUGUCCUCACCCCUGUGUUCUGCCGUGCCAUCCUGGGAAAUGUCCUCCUUGUGUUCAGAUGCUUAGAUUAAAAUGUCACUGCAAGAUCACAAGCCUCUAUGUGGAGUGUAGAAAAAUAACCACAGCUGAUGUAAAUGAAAAGAACCUCCUCAGUUGUUGCAAAAACCAGUGCCCCAAAGAGCUUCCUUGUGGCCAUAGAUGCAAAGAGAUGUGUCAUCCUGGUGAAUGUCCCUUUAAUUGCAAUCAGAAGGUAAAACUUAGAUGCCCUUGUAAAAGAAUAAAACGGGAAUUGCCAUGCAAUAAAAUACGUGAAAACCAGGUUUCAGUGGAAUGUGAUGCAAUAUGCAAGGAAAUGAAGCGGAAAGCAUCUGAGAUAAAAGAAGCAGAAGCCAACGCUGCUCUGGAAGAAGAAAAGCGAAGACAGCAGGCUGAACUGGAGGCUUUUGAAAACAGACUGAAGGGUCGCCGCAAGAAGAACAGGAGAAGAGAUGAGGUGGCCGUGGAGCUCUCGCUGUGGCAGAAGUAUAAGUCCUACCUCCUUCCCGUGUGUGGCAUUGUAGGGGCAGUGCUUGUGUGGUACAUUGCCCAUGGUGUGGAGUAAUGAUCCUCCAACUCUUAAAAUACCUCAGACUGGCGUUACAUGAAUGUUCAGUUUAAGAUGUUAGAAAGCGUGCAUUGUAGCGCAUGGUACACACUCACGCUCCUCUCUGUGUCCUCAUCUGGCUCUAGUUAGGACAGAAUGUUUAGCUUUAUCUGAAUCAGCACGGUUAUCAGGGCCAGUGAGAUACUGUCUGCAGCCUGAGCGUGACUGCAGUUAUAAGACAGGUCAUAGGCUUAGCUGGUGCAUUGUGCCUCCUUGUAAUAACUUAGUCUUUUCAUCUGAUAUUUCCAUGUUCAAUACUUCAUCCAUUUUGUGAAGUCAAAUAAAACUGAGCCAUAUGUGCAGCAGUGGGGAUAUUUCUCUGAUCACUUACUGGGUACUUUUCUUGAUCAUGUAACUUUGUACUUUUUAAAGAAGUGAUUCUGUAAAUGAAUCUUAAAUUCUAACACAAGGCUUUAUAAUUAGAUUCCAGAGUAGUUUAUCAGAGAGAAAUUUUUAUUGGGCAUUGAAGCAAAUUUUACACUGUGUAUUCCUCAGAAAAUCUAAACAAAUGCUACACUAGGUUCUUUGCAGGAGGCUGGGGUUUUUUUGUGCAAGAAGCUUUAACUGAAGAUAGCAUGUUUUGUAAAACUUGUGUGUAUCUUUUUAUAACAAUAAAAGAAAAUUAAUACGUA